AUGAUGGAUGAGGAACAACUCCUUGACUACGAAGAGGAGAACGAGGACACGAACCGUGUUACCGAGAAAGGCGAAAAUGGCGCUGGAGAUGGGAAGAAGAAAGUGAAGGGCACAUAUGCCUCAAUCCACAGCAGCGGUUUCCGCGACUUUCUUCUAAAGCCGGAGUUGCUUCGAGCGAUUGUUGAUUGCGGUUUUGAACAUCCUUCUGAAGUUCAACACGAAUGCAUUCCUCAAGCGAUCCUUGGUAUGGACAUUGUUUGUCAGGCCAAAUCUGGAAUGGGAAAGACGGCAGUAUUUGUGCUUGCCACUCUUCAGCAACUUGAGCCAACUGAUGGAGAGGUUAAAGUUCUUGUGAUGUGUCACACUCGCGAACUUGCUUUCCAAAUUUCAAAGGAAUACGAGCGUUUCAGCAAGUAUAUGUCCAGCGUGAAGGUGGCUGUUUUCUUUGGAGGCAUGCCAAUCAAGAAGGACGAAGAAACUUUGAAAAGCAACUGCCCUCACAUUGUCGUUGGCACACCUGGUCGUACCCUUGCCUUAGCCCGUUCUGGAGCUCUCAACUUGAAGAAAGUUAAAUUUUUUGUCUUGGACGAAUGCGACAAGAUGAUCGGAGAUCUUGAUAUGCGUCGUGACGUGCAAGAGAUUGUUCGAAUGACCCCAAAGGAAAAGCAAGUGAUGAUGUUCAGCGCAACUUUACCCAAGGAGCUCCGCGUCGUGUGCAAGAAGUUUAUGCAAGAUCCUAUGGAAGUCUAUGUGGAUGAUGAAGCAAAACUCACUCUUCACGGAUUGCAACAACAUUAUGUGAAGCUAAGAGAAGCCGACAAGAACCGAAAACUGCUGGAGCUCUUGGAUUUGCUUGAAUUCAAUCAGGUUGUGAUCUUCGUGAAGAGCGUUCAACGUUGUGGUGCCCUUCAUGGUCUUCUUGUCGAACAAAACUUCCCCUCGAUCGCAAUUCAUCGCCAGAUGCCUCAAGAAGAACGUCUCUCUCGCUACCAGGCUUUCAAGGACUUCCAGAAGCGUAUUCUCGUCGCUACCGACCUUUUUGGACGCGGGAUGGAUAUUGAGCGUGUAAACAUCGUUUUCAACUACGACAUGCCUGAAGGCUCUGACUCUUACCUUCAUCGUGUUGCUCGUGCCGGUCGUUUUGGAACAAAAGGACUGGCCAUCACAUUCGUGUCGAACGAUGAUGAUGCAAAGGUCUUGAACAGUGUCCAAGAUCGUUUCGACAUCAGCGUCACCGAACUUCCCACCAACAUUGAAGUCUCAACCUACAUCGAGGGGCGAGCCGAA